UUUAUCCGGAAGCACGUGAAGGCAGCAGAAGUCACGCGUUGUUUGUACAAAUAUGGCGGACUAUGGCGAGUCAUUGGAGUCUUGGCUUAACAAAGCCACUAACCCUUCAAACCGGCAGGAAGACUGGGAGUAUAUUAUGAGUUUCUGUGAUCAAAUCAAUAAGGAGCUAGAAGGUCCACAGAUAUCUGUCAGACUGUUGGCAUACAAGAUUCAAUCACCACAGGAAUGGGAAGCAAUGCAAGCAUUAACGGUUCUUGAAGCUUGUAUGAAGAAUUGUGGGCGAAGGUUUCACAACGAAGUUGGGAAAUUUAAGUUUUUGAAUGAAUUAAUUAAGGUGGUUUCACCCAAAUACCUGGGAGAUAAAGUGUCAGAACAAGUGAAGAAAAAAGUGAUAGAGAUGCUGUAUAGUUGGACAGUGUCUCUGCCAGAUGAAACAAAGAUUGCUGAAGCAUAUCAGAUGCUGAAAUUACAGGGUAUUGUUUUAGCUGACCCAGAAAUUCCUCUUGAUGCCACAUUAAUACCAUCACCUUCUCCACGACCCAAGAAUCCUGUGUUUGAGGAUGAGAAGAAGAGCAAAAGAUUAUCAGAACUGCUGAAGAGCAAAAAGCCAGAAGAUCUGCAAGAGGCUAACAGGCUCAUCAAGAACAUGGUCAAGGAGGAUGAGGUGAGAACACAGAAAGCAACAAAGCAAAAAAGCACACUGGAGGCGGUGAACAACAGCGUCAAACUACUUAAUGAGAUGCUUGCACAUUUCAACCCAGAAGACUCCACAGACGCAGACAGGGAGCUUAUUAGGGAGCUGUAUGGUGAUUGUGACAAACUCAGGCAAACGGUAGUUCAGCUUGCUACUGAGACCGAGGAUAAUGACAGUAGUUUGGGAGACAUCUUGCAGGCCAAUGAUGACCUCUCUCAGGUUAUUAAUUUAUAUAAGAAGAUUGUGGAAGGACAAACCAUGAAUGGAGAGACUGGAGGACGCCAAACACAAACGUCAGUCAGUGCAGGCACUGGAAGCACAAAUCAAUCAGAGAUUUUGAUUGAUCUGGUGGGUCUGGACAUCCAGAGCUCCUCUGCAUCUGAGCAGCAACCUCCAGCAUCUUCGCAGUCAUUUCCUGCUGACCUGUUGUGUGGAUCAGCUGCCACUGACCCACCGUCCCAGAGUGUUAACGUACCCUCCACAGCACUGUCACUGCUGGAUGAAGAGCUGCUGUCUUUAGGCCUCAAUGAACCUAUUACUGAGCUUAAUAAAUCAACACAUGGAAACCCAAGCAAUCCGUUGCCAUCUACACAGGAUUCCAGUCAAGAUUUGGAUCUUUUUGACACUUUACCCACAGUUCCUGUGUUUUCUACGCCUUCUCUCUUUCUGGAUGCCCUCUCUACAACAGGAGCCCCAGCUAAUCCUUCCAAGACUUAUACACCAGCUUCUUCCUUAAACUUCACUGGCCCUGUCUUUUCUACACCUCUGGCUUCUACAACAUCCCUUUCAACAACACCCAUUUCAACAACAUCAGUCAUAUCCCCACAACCCUUCAGUUCUAUAUUGACCACCGUGGCUCCAGCUGCUCCUCCUCAGUCAUUCAGCUUGACCUCAUCUGCUCCCUCAGCCGCUGAUAUCACCCCUCAACUAAUUUCAACUUCGACUUUGGGCUUCCACUCUCCAUCGCUUUCUCCAGGUCAGAUCCUGCAAGAUCUCACUUUGCUGGAUCUGGGCAACAAUAAUAGUCUUGAAGCCACAUCCACCCAAAUUAUAUCAGAAGGAAUACAUGCAUGGUCUGCUCCUCUGUCUAUCAAGAGUCAGGCAGAUGACAGCCCUCUGUUGCGCUCUCUGUCCCCUGUUCUACCCCUGAGCCAGUCAAGUCCAGGUAGAGGACAAGAGGUGUCCCUGGCCAAUGUAUUUGUCCCUCUUGAUACCAUUAAGCCAAGUAAAGUGUGCCCAGUGACAGCUUAUGAUAAAAAUGGUGUUCGCGUUCUGCUGCAUUUCGCCACCGACUUUCCACCAGGCAGGCCGGAUGUGCUGGUGAUGGUGGCGUCCAUGCUUAACACAGCCACUCAGCCGGUGAAGAACAUUGUUCUGCAGGCUGCUGUGCCCAGGACGAUGAAAGUAAAACUGCAGCCACCCUCAGGGACAGAGCUGGCCUCUUUUAACCCAAUACUUCCCCCUGCUGCCGUCACUCAGAUCAUGCUGCUUGCCAAUCCUCUCAAGGAAAAGGUCCGGAUGAGAUAUAAAUUGGGAUUCACGCUGGGAGACCAGCCAUUCACAGAAGUGGGGGAGGUGAAUGAUUUUCCACCUGUUGAUAAAUGGGGAGCUCUAUAGCUCUGUAGGCUGAUCGCUAUAAGACUACUUGAACGAUUUGGCUUUCAGUGUUCUGCUAUGGUCAAAAGAAAGCAAAAUAUUAAAGCUUUCAGGCAGAGUUUCAAUAUUUGAUAAACGUUGUUGGAUUUCAGAGAGUUGAAGAUGGUCUGCUGAUGUAGCACAAAUACAGUAAUUUUAUUACGAUACCAGAGGUAGUCAGUGUGAUGCAGUUACUAACAAAAUGAACUGUCUGAAUGCUAAUGGUGGUUGUUUGGUGAAUUUUAAAUAUUGUCGUGCUUUCAAUUUUUUUUAGUACCCUUUUGAUAUAAUUUUAAUGUUCCUAUUUGUGUCUCUGUUUUAUUGGAGAAUAGUUGCACUUUUGAAAACGGCAGUCUUGCAUAGAGGUUAAAAUGAUUAUGAAACUGUGGUUGUAUGAGCAGGUGAUCGCAAUCAGAGUUUCACAUGAUUUCUUGAUGACUAUGUAAGAUUUUUACAGUUGAGACAGGCUGAAGCGAACAAGAGCCCCUCUAUUUCUGAAAAAUCACUCCAAUAUUGGCUGAUUGGAAAUUGGUCACUUCCAGUCUGGCUCAAAACUACAACUGAAUACUUUUCUUCUUCUGGGUUUUACAGGAAAUCACAGCUCAGCCUCUUAUACUCACCACUUAUGGUUUUUUUUUAGUAUUUCAGUAUUUAUUGUCAUGAAUGUAUUUAUUUUGGUUAGUGAGGAAGCUAUCACAACUCCUAACGUAAUGUAUGGUGAUGCAGUUGUCAGCUGUAUUCUGCAUACCCCUUAUUAAUAGAUACUUUGAGUAUUGUAUUAAUAGAUUAACAAGUUAGUGUGCUUUUCAGAGUCUUUAAUGUUACCAAAUAGUCAUACAGAUUUGUUAUAAACGUUACAUUAUUUAGCAAACUAGAGAUGGGCUUAACAAGGAAAUUUAAUUCCUGUCAGAAGAAACGGCGGCCAUAGGUCAAGGCAUAACCACUGGGUAACUUUACAUGUGUUCAUACAGAAUUGUGACCUCUUUAUCUCUAUCUUCUUGGAGUUAUGUGUGCUGGAGGUUCUCUACAUAUUUCUUAUAAGUUUAUUUAUUUGUCAUAUUGUUAAAUUACCUUGUCAUUGCAUUUUUGAACAACUACUUCUGUGCAUGGAUAAAUAAAGACUGGGAUGGUUUUUAUUUAUGUUACACCUUUUAACAUGACUUUUUUUUUUUUUUUCAGUGUUCAAAAUCAGUGUAAAUGCAACUGAAUGUUUUUCAAUUUUAGAAUUGUUAUCUCAGGUCCUUAAAUUAGCUUGAAAAAUGUCUAAGGUAUGCAAAACUGCCACAUUUUGCCCCAUUGAAAGUCAUUGAAAUACAAUUUUUGAUCCUACAUUUAUUUUUGACAUUGACUAAUUCAUUCCGUUAUGUUAAGGUUUUAUUUUGGAGUACUCUCCUUCAGUUUUUUUUAUUUUUAUAGUUGCCCACCAGGUGUUACUGCUUUUUCCCAUUCAAAGCAAGCAGCAAAAUUUUGCCUUUUCUUUUUUUUCUUCAAGGCUGCUUUGCUACUGAAAUAAAUGUUGUUGGAUAAUCGUAUGUGUGAGAGAGAGGUCCACCUUUAAGUCUUUUGUCUUAGUUUAUAAUGCAGGGUGUGGCUUUCUAAUUCAAUAACAGUAAAUGUAUUGUAUUGCA